CAUUCGCACCGGAGCAUUCUUAUCCUUGUCUAUUCUAUCCUCGUACCCCGAUAUCAAUCUCAAAUAAUUAGGCGCGAAUUAACGUUCGGUGAGCUGCCGUUCAUGGCAGCUGGUAACGAUUUCACGAUCGCCCAGUAGAAUUUCCGUUCCCGCUGCAUCUGUCAAGUGCACUUUCUAAAGCAUGACUCAUGCUAUCGCUGAUGAUGGGGGUAAAAAAGGCUGGAAUGCCAUUCCGGGGAACUGUCUAAUUUAUCAGCAGCGGAGUCUGCGAUAAUCUCCAGGUGAAGUUUGUGUUUGCGGAUGAUGGAGGAACCAUUGAGUCAAGGUGCCUCACCAUCCAGCGAUGGCAACUUCUCGGCGGGUGGUGGCAGCGGUGGUGAUCUCAAUUCGUCCACCUUAGUCAGUCUGGAUGAGAGGAUAUUGGAUAUCACGUCGCGACACACUUUAAAUGUUCUUAGAACACCUCCAACUAAAAAGGCUAAGAGAGUUCGAUUCUUCCGUAAUGGAGACAAAUAUUAUACAGGCGUAGUGAUGGCAGUGACGCCUGAAAGAUAUCGUAGUUUCGAUAGCCUUGCGACCGAUCUGACACGUGCCCUGGUAUCGAGUGUAACUCUACCGAAUGGUGUUCGAGCGAUUUAUACUAUGGAUGGCCGUAAGGUUCAGAGUGUUAAUGAUCUAGAGGAUGGCAAAUGUUAUGUAGUAUCUGGUCAGGGUGAGAUCUUCAAGAAGGUUGAAUAUUCAGCAUCCAAAGUCCGCCGAGGAAGCUCACUGUCUGGGCUACCGCAAUCGCCAGCGGCCAGCAGUGGAGGCAGUGGUACCGGUAGGCAGACCAGCGCCAUUCCGCUGUGCGUGAAAGCGCGCAUCGUGACGUUGAUCCGCCACGGUACCAAGCCGCGUAAGGUAGUGCGAUUGUUGUUAAACAAGCGCAAUGCACCAAGUCUCGAACACGCUAUGGAAGCGAUCACAGAAGCAGUGAAACUCGAUACUGGGGCAGUAAGAAAGGUAUACACGCUAUCGGGUCAACAAAUAACAUCGCUUGAACAAUUCUUCGAAAACGAUGACAUCUUUGUGGCAUAUGGCCCGGAAAAAUCUGUACAAGAAGAUUUUGAACUAGAUUUUGAAGAAAGUAAAUGUGUGCAGAGCUUUCGACGAUGUCCAUGGAAUUCUAAACGACAAAGUGGGCCAAUGCCACGAAUGCCGAGAAAGUCUGGCAAAAAGACACUUACUACGCCACAAGUUAGGACUCCUAGUCCGUCAUCUUUGAUACUGCCACAACCUCUGAGGUUGCAUUACACUGUGGGACAUAUAAUUGGAGAUGGAAAUUUCGCCGUCGUUAGGCAUUGUACUCACAAAUCUAGCGGUACUGAAUACGCUAUGAAAAUUGUGGAUAAGUACAAGUGUCAGGGCAAGGAGACAAUGUUAGCAAGUGAGGUAGCAAUACUGAGACAAGUUUGUCAUCCUAACAUAAUCAGCUUGAUCGCGGAACAAGAGACUGCUGAUCAAUUAUUCUUAGUUAUGGAACUUGUCAAGGGUGGAGAUUUGUUUGACGCAAUCGCAGCUGCGACGAAAUUCUCCGAGGCAGAGGCAAGUGUAAUGAUUAGUCACUUGACUUCUGCCUUGGCCUACUUGCAUUCACAUCAUAUCGUGCAUCGCGAUGUCAAGCCGGAAAAUCUCCUAGUUGAGAUGGACGGCAGUCACGUUAGGUGUUUGAAACUCGGUGAUUUCGGACUUGCACAAGUAGUGCGAGAACCCUUAUAUACAGUCUGUGGUACGCCCACUUAUGUGGCACCAGAAAUUCUUGCUGAAACCGGAUAUGGUUUAAAGAUCGAUGUAUGGGCAGCUGGAGUAAUUCUAUACAUUCUUUUAUGCGGCUUUCCGCCAUUUGUAUCGUUAGAUAAUGAACAAGAAGAGUUAUUUGAACGUAUCUUGAGCGGUCAGUACGAAUUCACAUCACCGUACUGGGACACAAUAUCGGAUUCCGCGAAGCAACUUAUCUCGAACAUGCUGCAAGCACAGCCAGAACUUCGUUUCAGUGCAGAGGAUGUGCUGGAUCAUCCGUGGCUUACGCAGAGCUUUCUAGGAGGCGAGCAGACCGCAACAGCAACAGCCACCGACGCACCGACGGAGCAAUACCGGGAUCAGCAGCGUAAGCCGAUAAGAUUGGCCACCUUUGAGUUCGAUUUUAACAAACAACGUAGUCAACGGCAGAACGAUAACAUCGAGACAACAGCUGAAUGGAAGAAUGACAUUGAUCGUCGCGACGCACCCGAGUUUAUCGAUGGCCGGAGGAAAUCGGAUGAGGAUCAUGAUGAAGUCGAUUUCGCCAAUGGUAACAGCAACGAAGAUGAUUUGGUAUUUCUUAGUUCUGAUUGUCUGAAAGAUAUUAAUAGUCUGAGCCGAUCGAUGCACGACUUAAUAGAUAAUCUGAACGAUAACCGAAUGCCACGACGCCGUCUUAAAUCAAGAAGCGCAACUUCAUCGCUCAACAGCAUUCCAGAGAAUUUGAAUACAUGUUAUUAUCGCAGUAAUUCACCGAUUCGUUGCGAGGAAAUCACCGAAAAGGCAGUCACAAUUUCUAAAAAUCAUGAACGUGAUCAAAAAAAUGGAAAUUCACCGAAAGAGCCAAAAUAUCUUCAUUCGAAUUGUGAAACAAAGUCGACGGAUAAAUCCAUCACUAUAAGCCGGCCAAAUAAAUGCAACUGGAAGAAUUUAUAUGAAACGAAUUGCGAAAGCGAGAGAUUUAACAACGACGAUUUUCGCAAUAGCAAUGCGAUCGCAUCAACAUCGAGCGAUAGCUUGACUGGCGACAGUUCUACCGGUAACGAUAUCGAAACUUCCGACAGCUUUGUAAACAUUCAAUUCGCACGACUGGCACGCGGCCAAAAAUCAAGCUCAACUCAAAGCAUGGAGUCGACCGAUAGUUUUGAGAAUGUAAGCUUCCGAUACACAAAUUGGAACAACUGUCUCACAGAUCGUUUCUCGCAAAUUUCUUCGAAGCUUGCAAACAAUCAGAAUCAGAAUAAAUCUCCUGCGAGAAUAUUACAGACCCGAAUAGCUGUACUGAAUACAUCAAGAUCACCUAAAUUGGACAAUCAAUCCGACAAAAAGAAUUGUAAUAGUCCAUUUAACAAGAUUCAAGAAGUGAAAUGCGCGAAAAACGAACCGGUGAAGUUGCGUCAUGAAAGGUAUGUUAAUAAAAAGAGUCAGAUAGAUUCUAGAAAUACCAAGAGCAAAAGAUAUAGCUGCUUUUCUCCAUGCGCAACAAAGAGAUUACCCGAAGAGGUUAGUGGUGGUGGUGAUAAAGUCACAACGCGGAAGUUCAGUUCGACGGAUGAGUUGCGCGACGAGGUGAGGCAAAAGUCAGUGGCGAGGACAAAGCGAUUCAGCCUGUACUAUACACCACAGCCGUUGAGAAAGACGUAUGAAAACGAGAUAAAAACUGGAAGGAUUACGUACAAGUCAACAGGUCGCGCUCAGAAGUCUGAAAUAAGCAAAGGAAAGGACGGGGAGGAGAUAGAAAGAAUAGAGAGGGUAGAUAAGAGUCGGAGAUCAGUGAUUGAUGCUUCAACGAUUGCCAGCAGAAGCAAAUCCAAUAGGCAGAAUGUUUAUGUGAGACCAAGCGGCGUAUUAAAUGUAACCAGGACAAAGUGAUAAUAAGUGACAAAAAGUUAAGGUGAUAUGCUGAAGAUGUGGACGUUUAAUUAUUGACAUGCGGUUAAUCCGCAUCAGAGCGACGAAAUCCAAAGUCUAAGCGUUUUAAGAAUGACGCAAUUAUGGCAUUAUUAGAAAUUGCAGUUAAGCUGAUUGACACUUUGAGUAUACGACGAUUGAAACAGCGUGCAUUGAAAUUGAAAACUGUCUUAACGAUGUACAUGCGUAAAGAAAAGUUUCGCGUCAUUUCUAUCAAAUUGAAACUAUGAAGGAAUAGAUGGAGUGAUACUAAAUAUUUUUUGUGAAGGAAAAAA